CUGAAUAAUAAGUUUCCUGUUUAAUUAAUUGAUUAACGAUGAACAUUCGAUCUGCUUUCUGAACCCUUCUAUGCAGAGGAAACCAAGCAUUUCACUUCAAGGAGAGGAGCAAUACACCUAUCCGGUAUCCCCUCGAUCGCCUUUUCUUCCCAGAUUCAAAGUCUAGAAUUCUGGGAACCCUCUUACCUUACAGAUAUAAAGUAGCUUCGCUGGGCAGCUCUAUUUGUCGUUUCCGAUUCUGAUAUUUAACAAUCGAUGAGGCUUCUGCAAUUGGGCUUGUUGCUUUCUUUGGCAUCUGGAUUUGCCGCCAUUAUCAUUUACAUUACUGGAGUCUCUAAUCCCUCUGUAUUUGGGAGCUAUCAGCUUACAGACAAUGAGAUAGAAGCGUUGCUAUCUUUGCAGAGCAGUUUCCAGCAGUGCGUGAGUGCAAAUGGUCUAGGGCUCAAAGCUGUUCGGGGCAGAGAUUAUUGCCAAACCACAAUAAACUUCCCUAGUGAUACCAUCCCAAAAUGGAGAGAUCCCAAAACGGGUGAACUGGAAGCUUUGUCCUUUGAUUUCAAUCUAUGUGAAGCUGUGGCAACGUGGGAACAGGUUAGGAAUAGCACUACAAUACUCACCAAGGAAUUCAUUGAUUCUUUGCCAAAUGGAUGGAAGGAAUAUGCAUGGCAGAGGAUCAACAAAGGAGUAAUUCUCAACCGCUGUGAGAACAAGACCUUAUGCAUGGAGAAACUUUCACUGGUGCUCCCUGAGACACCACCAUAUUUCCCAAGGCAGUUUGGACGCUGUGCUGUCAUUGGUAAUUCAGGAGAUCUCUUGAAGACAAAAUUUGGGAAGGAGAUAGAUGGCUAUGAUGCUGUAAUCAGAGAAAAUGGUGCUCCAACACAGAACUAUACCGAAUAUGUGGGUAAAAAGAACACAUUUCGUCUUCUUAACCGGGGGUCUGCCAAAGCUCUUGACAAAGUUGCAGAGUUAGAUGAUCAAAGGAAGGAGGUUUUGAUAGUAAAAACUACAAUUCAUGACAUCAUGAGCAAAAUGAUUCGGGAAGUGCCCAUAACAAAUCCAGUAUAUCUCAUGCUAGGUGCAUCCUUUGGUUCAGCAGCAAAAGGAACAGGGCUUAAGGCUCUUGAAUUUGCUCUCUCUAUAUGUGAAUCGGUUGAUAUGUACGGCUUCACUGUAGAUCCUGGAUAUAAAGAAUGGACUAGAUAUUUCUCUGAAUCUCGUAAAGGUCAUACCCCAUUGCAUGGGAGAGCUUAUUACCAGAUGAUGGAGUGCUUAGGACUCAUCAGAAUUCAUUCUCCCAUGCGUGCCGAUCCAAAUCGUGUUGUAAAAUGGGUUCCAGAUCAUCAGACUAUUAGAGCAGCCAGGCUUGCAUCAGAGAAAUUCCUGGGGAGAGUUGGAGCAGGAUCAGGAGAUCCGCUGCGUGCAUGUUCCCUUAUUAAGAAGCAAGUUAAAAGAAAUCCAAGCGCAGUUUCAAAGCUCAGAAAAGCUGCACUCGACCAUCUGAAGUAUGUGAAGGGCACAACAAUGUAUCCUCUGGAGCAUAGUCCCGGACAUGGGUUGCUUUGCACUAUCCCAAAUGAGUGGGCUGUAAAGAAAUUUGAUUAGUUUCACUCGUGCUAGUUAGAAGCAUCUAACCACUGGUUUUCCUUACAAAUUUUCUGUUUCAUUCAUCUUUUGCCAAAAUUUAUGUCGAUCCACUUGAAAAAUAGUGAAGCUUCUCAUCUUCCACCUACUGGCAAGGCCUCCAAUUUUUUAGUUUGCUCAUUAUUAAUUUCGUUCAAGACUUCUUAAAGGACAGCAGGUGAUCAAUGGAGUGAUUACACUUGUGCUAGGAGAAAAGUUGGCGGUAUGUUUAAUGCGGAAUUUGAGUUUUAAUUAUUUGAACUUUUUUAAUUUGUGUAUAAUUGUAUUAGAGGAUGCAAAGUUUGACCCCUUAUUUAUCAUUAACAUUUUUGACAAUGUUCUGAAAAUCAAAACAGUUACCAAAUUUAUGGAAUUAUCAAUUUACAGUUUUA